CUUUAAUUGUUUUUUUUUUUCAGCACGGAUGCAAACAUGAAUCGCUCCCACCAGUAAGUCCAGCUGUGAAUCGGUUCGUUUAAAAGAACCGGUUCAGAAGAUCUAUUCACUCUCGAGUCACCGGCGUGAGUGGAUCAUCCUGCUAUACUGCUGCUGCUGCAUUUGUCUGGGUUCACUACAGCAGCAUUGAUGUGGAGCACUAAUACAGAGUACAGAGCGCUUCAGUCAGCUCCCGGCAUGGCGCUAUGAAUCGUGCGGUCCUGUAGCCACAGAGAAGCGGACUGAUUAUCCAGCCAUGGACGUCCUGGCUCGUUUAAGCUCUAAUAUGAAGAGCAUGGAGCGGGAGCUUCAGUGUCCGGUGUGUAAGGACAUAGUGAAGCAGCCUGUGGUGCUGCCCUGUCUGCACAGCGUAUGUCUGCUAUGUGCCUCGGAGGUGCUGGUGCAGAGCGGCUACCCCCAGCCCGAGCUGCCGCCGGAGCCCAACUCACCUGCCUCAACCCCCAACACCCGCUCUCCACGCCAGGCCCGCAGGCCCAUGCCCAAAGCUGACCGCGCACUCCGGCCAGGAUUUGGGACAUACCCCGGUCGCAGGCGGAAAGAGGGCCAUACCCAGCUUAUGCUCUUCCCCUGCGUUCCCUGUGGCAGAGAUGUGGAACUGGGUGAGAGAGGGCUGGUGGACUGCAUGAGGAACCUUACUCUGGAGCGCAUUGUGGAGCGGUACAGGCACACAGUGAAUCUGGGCAGUGUGGCAGUGAUGUGUCAAUUUUGUAAGCCCCCGCAGACUCUGGAGGCCACUAAGGGAUGUGCAGACUGCAGGGCAAGCUUCUGCAAUGAGUGCUUUAAGCUCUACCACCCCUGGGGCACCCCACGCGCCCAACAUGAGCACGUUCUGCCCACCCUCAACUUCAGGCCCAAGGUGUUGACAUGUCCGGAACAUGAUCAGGAAAAGCUACAGUUCUACUGUAAGUCAUGCCAAAGGCUCCUCUGCUCCCUCUGUAAGCUCCGUCGAGUUCACGGAGGUCACAAGAUUGUGCCGGUCACCCAAGCGUAUCAGACACUCAAGGACAAGAUCACCAAGGAGCUCGGCUACAUCCUGUCUAACCAGGGCACAGUGCUAACUCAAAUCACACAGCUGGAGAACGCCAUCACCCAGACUGAGGUGAACAGUGUAGCAGCCCGUGAGCAGCUCUCUCAGUGUGUUCGGGAGCUGAUGGCACUUCUCUCCGAACGGCAAGCCAUGCUGGCCCAGGGCUUGGAGAGUUCACGCCAGAAACGCAGUGAGGCCUUAGCCAAUCAGGUGGCUGAGAGGCGGAGCUUGUUGGAGCAUGCAGGCCUAAUGGCUUUUACCCAGGAGCUGCUGAAAGAGACAGAUUCAGCCUGCUUUGUACAUGCAGCCAGGCAGACACACAAUAGGUUGGCCCAAUCCAUCGAGUCCCUGCAGAGUUUUUCUCUCUCCGCUGAUCCAUCAUUCCGGCACUUCCAGCUGGAUGUUUCCAGAGAGCUUAAACUCCUCACUGACUUAAACUUCAUUCAGGCCCCUCUAGCUCCUGUGAUUGAUACUCAGCGCACCUUGGCCUACGAUCAGCUCUUCCUGUGCUGGCGGCUUCCUCCGGACUCCUCCCCCGCCUGGCACUUCUCUGUGGAGUACCGUCGCCGCGGUGUGGUACCAGGGGGCGGAGCAAGAGGUGGCAUGCGCGGGGGAUUGUCCGGUGCCCGCUGGGGUUGGCAGCGUUUGGAAGAGGUGAGCGGGACCAGUGCAGUUAUCGACAGGCUGGAGAUGGACAGCGUGUACGUGCUGAGAGUGAGGGGCUGUAACAAAGCCGGCUUUGGAGAGUACAGUGAAGAAGUCUACCUCCACACCCCACCGGCUCCAGUACUGAAUUUCUAUCUGGACUCGCGCUGGGGUCUGCACGCUGACAGGCUGGUGGUGAGUAAAGAGCAGCGCUGCGCCCGCAGUGUGCCAGGUCUCUCUCUCCUGCAGGCUGCUGACCGCGCCCUCACUUCCUGUCACCUAACUGCUGACCUGCUGGUGGGUGACGUAGCUGUCACACAGGGGCGCCACUACUGGGCGUGCUCAGUGGAGCCCGGGUCCUACCUUGUCAAGGUUGGAGUUGGCCUGGAGUCAAAACUUCAGGAAUGGUUCCAUCUGCCUCAAGAUAUGGCCAGCCCACGGUAUGAUCCAGACAGUGGCCAUGACAGUGGAGCGGAGGAUUCCUCAGACUCUCCACCCUCCUUCACUUUCCUCACCAUGGGCAUGGGCAAAAUCUACCUGCCCUCCUCUGCCAACUCCCACCAUGGAACAGCCAACUAUCGAGAUGGCGGCAUCGCCAAUGGCAACGGCCCCUCCUCGCCAACCGGCGUUACCUAUCCUCUUCCUCCCAGACUGGGGGUGUGUCUCGAUGUUGAGAAGGGGCGUGUCACCUUUUAUGAUGCACACUCUCUCCGCCCACUCUGGGAGGGGCCUGUGGACUGCUCCGCCCCUGUCUGUCCAGCUUUCUGCUUCAUUGGAGGAGGGGCUCUGCAGCUGCAGGAGCUGGUGGCAAACCGCAAUGCAGACCAGACCCCCGUCAGAAGAGUUACCAUCCAAUCACGAGUCACUAAACUAAACUGAACUAAACAGAGGUAACUGUAUUAGAUCGCUAAGCUAAUCCAGAAAAAAAAAAACAUAUAGCCUGAGGUGUACAGUCCUGUUAUCUCAGUGAAUUUGGUUUUUAUAUUUGAUUUUUUUAAAGAACACUUGUUUUUUAUCGCACCAAGUAUGCACCUCAGAUUAACUUUGUUAGUAUUAUUAUUAUUAUUAUUAAUUGUUUUGGUUUUACACUAUUUAUGUAUAUUGAUAGGGCUUUAUUGCUUUUAAGUGACUGAAUUUCUGUAAACAAGUCACAAAACCGAAAAAAAAAAAUCAAGUGAUGUGGCUUAAUAUAGAAAGAUGAUUAUAUGCAAGACCAUAUAGUAUCCCCACCUCAAGUGGAAUAUGUUGCCAUUAUUCUCAUUUUGUUUUGUUGUUGUUCACCUCCAGGUUUUUGAUACUGGUUUCUCUCACUGGGGCAAAUUCUGCUUCUGCCUUUCCCAUCAUUAUAAAAGUUGUAAUCCUGACUGUUAGAUUUACCUUCAUGAUACUAGUAAGAACCAAAGUAUAAUGUGAAUUCUGUUCUGGUUAUUUCAGUCCCAUUACAAAUUGCUUUUUAGUACUCUGAUCUUCAAACAUCCUCACGAAUGUGAGAUAGACAUGCUGAUUUAUUUAUACUGAGUACCAGUGAAAACAUUGGACACACCUUAAAUUAAGAGUUUUUUCAUUAUUUUAAAACAUUUCUGCAUUCUAGAUUAAUACUAAAGUCAUCCAAACUAUGAAGAAAUCAUAUGGAAUUAUUUAAUAAACAAAAAAGUGUUAAACAAACCAGAAUAUGAUUUAUAUUUUAGAUUCUUCAAACCUGCUGCACAUGCUCACCUGGAAUGGCAUUUAGUUAACUUUUAGUUGUGGAACUACUAAAAAGACAAUUGCCAAGCCGUCACUGACUGAUCACUGACGAGUCGCAGAUGCCCGGCAGAUAUUUGGCAUGCUAAAUAUCUGACCCAGUCAGUGACUGGGAGUUAUGAGCAGCGGCUGAUUUACCAGAGCUGUUUAUGGAGAGUCUGACCACUUUCUCUCUCCCUGUUAUGUCACUGUUAAACAUUAGAGGGAGCCUGUAGGCUAGUCCUCUAUUAAUGGGGGUGAAGGGAGAUAAAAGCUAAAAACGUAAAGUAAAAAUAUUAAAGAAUUACUUGUUCUGAGUAUUCCUUUUCUACAGUAAGUACAGUAAUAUAUUUUACUAACAAAAAAAGCAAAGGAAGCAUGCCUGUAUAUUUACAUUUUUCUACAGUGAACAAGUUUUACACAGUAAAGACACGGCAUCUCUGCUACUGUGAGCUGAUUGUUUGAUAAUCUGAUGCUGAAGUUACAGACAGAGCCCUAAGUUUAAGAGAUUUAUAAUUGGAGUGUAAAACCUUACAACAUUAUGCUUCAAGUACUGAAAUAUUGGAUAUAGAUCUGUGUUGAGGACAUAAGUACAUAUUUUAGUAUAAAAUUAGUCUGCAAUUUACCACUUUAAAAAAAUUGUAACCCAGUGUUAUUGAUCAGUCGUGAAGUGUGAAAGUCUCAACAACUGAAGGAUGAUUACAGCACACAGUCAUGUAUUGUGAACACCACAAUGACUGAUGAUUUAAAAUUGUGUAAUGUGAAUCUGUCAUUUUGUGUUCCUUCAUAGUCUGGAUGAUUUAGUAUUAAUUUACAAUGUCGGACAAGCAAAAAAAUUAAAACAGUGAGAUAAAAGAAGGUGUGUCCAAACAUUUUGACUGGUACUGCAUAUAUUCCAUGCCAGCUUUCUCAUACGGGUGGGUACAUAUAUAUGUAUAUAUACGUGUGGAAUUUGGGAUUUAUGUAAAUACUAAGUGGACAUUAGGAACUGUAUUUCUGUAGCAGUUCACUGAGACACACCAGCUUACCUUAAUUUGCAUUGCCAUGUAGAAUGCCUUCAUUGUUUGCAAUCGAAAGAAUAGAGCGAUUUGCAGGAUGAAAACAUUAAUCUAACACUUGAACCUAAUAUUAUUAAUGACGUAAAAAAGCAAUGGAAUGGAAUGAGAGUGUGCUAACCCCUCCUACACAGGUGAUUAAGGAAAGGGACACUAUGUGUGUGUGUGUUUGUGUGUGUGUGUGUACACUCGCUCUCUUAUGCAAAAUCCUAGUAAAGCUUGUAGAGGGUGUUUUUAAGGGGCUGGCUGUGGGCUUGAUUUUUGGUUGUGGCGAUAAGCUGUGCUUCCUUCGAAUGGCUAACGUUUUUGAAAUGAAGAUAAUGUAGACAUCACCUGCUGGCAGAAUAUUUAUUCAAUCUCAACAAAGACGAAAAUUGCAACGUGAAUAAAA